AUGGAGCACUUGUACCUGGAAAACUUUAUCAACGGUGAAUUUGUGGCUACCGAACAACAUCUGGAUAGCUACGAUCCAUCAACAGGAGAAGUGUGGGCGAAAAUUCCGGACAGUGGCGAGAAAGAAGUCGGAUUGGCAGUAGACGCCGCGAAACGAGCGUUCGAAUUAUGGUCUUGCACGCCAGUAGCAGAACGGUCUAAGAUCAUGAAUAAAAUCGCUGACAUUCUUGAAUCUCAGUUGGAAGAGUUUGCAAAGAUGGAGUCGCGUGAUCAAGGAAAACCAGUUUCAUUGGCCAUGAUGGUUGACAUUCCUAGAGCUGUUUAUAACUUUCGUGUGUUUGCUUCCUCCAUCCUCAACAUUGUUACAGAUUGUACAAUUUUGGAUGACAGAGGAUGUCUAAAUUACUCGCUCCGAUCUCCUGUUGGUGUUGCCGGUCUGAUCAGUCCAUGGAAUCUACCGUUGUAUCUGUUAACGUUUAAAAUUGCUCCGUGUAUCGCUACAGGCAAUACUUGUGUUUGUAAACCGAGUGAGAUGACCUCUGUAACGGCAUGGAUGUUGGGAAAGGUUUUAAAUGAAGCAGGUCUUCCUCCAGGUGUAGUCAAUAUAGUGUUUGGUACUGGUCCUAAAGCUGGCAGUGUAUUGGUGUCACACCCUGAUGUGCCAUUGAUUUCAUUCACUGGGAGUACACUGACUGCAGAGAAAAUCAGGAAGGACAGUGCUCCAUUUUGCAAGAAGUUAUCUCUGGAGGUGAAUUGGUUUAUUAUGCUAUUGAUCACACUUAGUGUCAGCAGUUAG